GAGCAGAUCUGUUAUUUUGCUGGAGGGGACUCACAGACUGGGCUUCAAGCCUUGAGAGGGUUCUGCCUUUAGAAAAUCAGCGGCACAACAAGCAACACAUCUACAUUCCAAACUGAGUUUUUUCUCCAAUUUUUUUGCAGCGUUUCUAAAAUUGUGAAAGAGGGAAAGCAUGUGUACAGGAAAGUGUGCCAGGUGCAUUGGGGUGACGCUGUACCCUUUAGCAGUCAUUUCCAUCAUCUGCAACAUCAUACUGUUCUUUCCUAACUGGGAAACCCAGUGGGCAAUGGAAGAACGUGAGGGGCUCGGCAAUCGUAUCACACAGGAAGUUAAGUACAUGGGAGGUGUCAUCGGAGGAGGCAUCAUGGUUCUGAUCCCAGCUAUCCACAUUCACCUUACAGGAAAGGAAGGCUGCUGUGCCAACCGCUGUGGAAUGUUCUUGUCAAUUGCCUUUGCAGCAGUUGGAGUAGCAGGCGCCCUCUACAGUUUCAUCGUGGCAAUACUGGGUCUGGUGCAUGGUCCCACCUGUAUGAUUUUUCCGGAGCUCCUUCCUAUAUGGACAACACCUUUCACAGACAGGGAGGAGAGCUACCUCUCUGACUCGAACCUCUGGUCUAUUUGCAAGAAGCCUGAGAAUGUGGUGGAGUUUAACCUGGCCCUGUUCUCCAUACUGUUGGUAGUCAGCAGCCUGGAGCUCAUUCUCUGUGCCUUCCAGAUGGUCAACGGGCUGUUUGGCUGCCUCUGUGGAACCUGCAGAGACAAAGGGCCUGUUUAAGUUCCAGCAAGCUCUUUGGCUCUAGCCCGCCAUUCUGAGUAGCAGGACUCUAUGAUCACACUCCAUGAAACAAACUGCUUCAAACUGCUAAUGGACCACCUUGUGCCACCUAGUGGAGAAGGACAGAAGUACCUUCA